UACUGAAUUUUUUCAGGGGGUUGAAAGUCGUGGACAGGAGUGACAUAAAGCCACAGCUUGUGAGCGGAGAAGGAAAGAGGGCAAAAUUACUCGAUACAAUAAGCGUGACACGGGGGUUUGGAGACCAUGAUAUUGAGUUUCCGUAUUGUGCUGGGUUGAAGAUCAAGCCAUUUAUGACGGCAAAUCCAGAGGUGAAAGUUUAUGAUUUGAAGGGAAACAAUUUUAGCGGAAAUGACGUAUUGGUUAUGGCGUCCGAUGGAUUAUGGGAAAGAUUUAACAGCGAAGAGGUAAUCAAAAUCUUGAAAGAGAAAUUUGAGCAACAGCCGCUUACUGAGCCUAGAAGGUACAUUGUUGCUGCACAGGCCCUUGUAGACGAGGCUCGGGGCACUUUAAGUGAACGUGGAUGGAGAACUAGAAACAACGAGGCAGCCUCGUAUGACGAUAUUUCUGUCUUCGUUGUACCGUUGGGGAGACACGAAGAUCUAGCAAGCUAUGUGAAUAUGAAGAAGCAAGAUCCUAAAAUUUAUAGGGAUGGGUCCUUUGCUAAGAAAUACGUGAACAGGGAUGAGGUUGAAAUACAGACCAGAAAUGCAUUGGCUGACAAAUCAAACGCCAAUAACGCGGAACAGUUAACGAAUGAUAAAAACGAGGAUGGAAGCGAGGAAAUAAAGCGGAACGAAGUUGAAAGCAAGGAAACUCCUUCAACAGCCACAGAAAAGACACCCGAAGAAUCCAAUUCUGAACUUAACUCAUAAUAGAAUCUUUCAAGAAAUUCUUUAACUUUGAAUAAUGCACAGAAAAUCUUCUUUUUCGUCAGAAUAGUAAUUGUAAAAAAUUGUAAUAACAGAUCACAGGGAUGUUUAGGAAUAUAAUAAUAUACGCAGGCUGCAUUUUUCCCCACUUAUUCCGGCAAAUACCUUUAUUGCUCUCAAUCGUUUCGAUCCUUAUCCAAACAAUUGAAAGCUCUCUAUCAUGCGCACGGGAGACUUUUAUGAUUUAGGUGCAGAAACGAUGUACUUCUGUCCCAACCACUUCCCCCUUUGUAUCUUUGCCUUCUCUUUAAUGCACCCUUAGGCCUUUGACUCCUGCUUCUAUUACAAACUGGACCCAGUGGUCAAAAGGAUGUACAAUAUAAAUUUUGGCCACGCAUUUUUAACUGUGAGAAAUCGCCCUUUUGCCAACAGGGAGCGCCCAUUUUGAGCUUUGGUUACAUAAAGGCAGUUUCAAUAUGUUGGACUUACAUCACAAAGGAUACUUUACCAAAAUAUUACCUCACUCCAAAGAUUUUCUCAUCGAAUUUAAACGAAAUGCUAAAUAGAUCUUGCCGAGAGCUGGGAAGGAUGUAUCCCUCCAGCCCCCCCCCCCAAUGCCCCCUGUGGCGCCGCCAUUAGCUGCAACUUUCCACAUGGAGCAGAUAAAAGGGAUACUGUGAUUGGUGAUCACCAUCUUGUUUCCUCUGUUUUCCUGUAAUAUUAGUCUAUAUAUCAGCAAAUCGUUAUUCAUAUCAAUGAAAAUAUGUCUUGUUGAGUCAGU